GUAGAGUUUACAACCCACGACGGAGCCGCUGUCCUCCUUAUUGUGCUCUGAUUUUUUGGUCUGAAGUUAUUAUAUGAUACAAGAAGUGAUGUAUGGCCUUGCUAAACAUUAGUAGAACUGACGGUGAGCAGCUAAACCCAGUAUUUAGAUGCAGGUUGAUAAUCAAGUCGUGCCCUGUAGUUGUAUCACUUUGUUUUCUAUUCGUCUGUCAUUUUUGUAAGAGGUACAAGGUUCAUUCAUAUUUUUACGUUCUUUUCCCAACAUAAUUUAGUUUGUUAAUUUAGUCAGAAGUCAGGCAGGGGAUGGAUUAAGAUAAAAGCUUUUCAUUUUAAUUAUUUGAAUUAUGAUAAUAAAAUGUUCAACUUACAGGAAGCUUUGCGGUCUGAAGUGGCUUCAUUUAUCUGUAUUUUAUGCCGUAGCUGUAACAAAUGCAACAAUUCUGAUGGCCCUGUAUAUCUCAUUAAUGGUGUAUAGUAGACCUAUAGUUGGGUAGUGCAGUCUAUAAAGCACAUUGUUGACACUCGAUGAAUGAUGCACUGAAGUAUUCUGGUAAUUACACCCUAUAUACACUUUAACACUUAAUCAUUCGGUUCCUCAACUUACAAUUUUGGGUGCUGUCAGGGGCAAAUACUGUGUGAAUAAGGCCAGUUGUCUGGCCUUAUUCACACACGGUCUUGAUCAGACAAGUGUAUUAAAUGCAGGACAAUUAGAAAACCCAAAUAUCAUUUUUUUUAACAUCUGAAAAAAAUUGCAAAGUAUGAGAAAAAUAUCAUUCAAAUAUCAGUAAAACAUCUGUAAAUACAUAUUUUACAAUAUCCGAAAAAAAGGACAAAAUGGUGAGUCAAACGAGAGGAACCGUGCACUUCAACAACAGCUAAUGACAAAAUGGCAGCAGCCAAUAGAGUGGCACCACAUCUCACAGCUUGGCUGGCAGCUCCAAUAGUCAUGCGAUGUGACCAUCGGGCAAUUAAAUUGCUUAAGAAUUUUACAUUUCUUGUAUCAGCGACGUUUGUUGUGUGCAUUUGACAAGAGCAUGCGUUUGUACAGUGAAAUCCAAAAACAUGACGUAUUUUUAUUUAUAUGCAUUGUACGUCAAACAAAAUCAGUCUCAAUACCACACCAGCAGGGGGCGCUACUCGGUUAAUGUAGAUGAUGAUAACAUAGAUCAAAUGUUCCACCCGGAAUUCUUCAAAGGACGGACACGGGAACCGGAACUAAUGUAACGGUAGCACAUUUGUAAACCUGCCGCGGACAGCUAUCUGCCAUUUCGUCACAAUGUCUGCUAAAUUAAACGCAUUGGUCAGCGAUUCUUACGUUGAUGUUAGCCAAUACAGAGACCAACAUUUUAAGGGUAACCGCUAUGACCAGGAGAAGCUGCUGAAGCAGAGCCACACUCUGUAUGUUGGAAACCUCUCCUUUUAUUCCACCGAGGACCAGGUACACGACAUAUUUUCCAAAAGUGGAGACGUCAAGCGCAUCGUCAUUGGCCUGGACAAAGUCAAGAAGACCGCCUGUGGAUUCUGCUUUGUAGAAUACUACACACGCAUAGGUGCAGAAAAUGCCAUGCGCUUCAUUAAUGGCACACGGCUGGAUGACCGCAUCAUCAGGACGGACUGGGACGCCGGCUUCAAGGAGGGGCGGCAGUACGGCCGCGGCAAAUCAGGAGGACAGGUGAGAGAUGAGUACCGGCAGGACUACGACCCAGCCAGAGGCGGCUACGGUAAGCUGGCUGCGCAGCAUCGUUCCACAGAGGCUCGUAAUAGUUUUUAGACUGAACCCCACCACAACAGUCUGCCUGGACUACACAGAGCCCCCCCCCCCCCGACUCAGUCCUGGACCAGAUGAAUUCUCCAACAAGGCCUCUACAUGCUACCACAGAUAUUUUAUCCCAGUGUCACCAUUAAGACUCUACAGCAGCUCUGCAUGGACCACUGGACCCCAGGCAUUAGCAGCUGUUAUUUAUUUCUUUUCUGCCCUGACGACCUCUCUGACUUUCCUACCUGCUACAUGCUGCACCACCGACGUACAGUGUGAUGUUUACUGAAGCUUUCAUUAUCCAGCGCGAAAUCUCUAUAAACCAAUUCUGUAUUCAUGUGUAGAAUAUUUAGGCAACCGGACAAGAGUUUGGCAUCGGAGGCAUGCUGGUUUCUGUUUAUAGUCUUGAGUUGUACUGACCAAUCCUGUCCGAGCAGGCUUUGGUCUAAUGCAAGUCAAGAGUCCAUGUGGAGAGCUAAAGAGUCAGAACGCAUUGACCACAAUGUCAUCUCUGAACCCACCAGUUCAGCCUGACGAUGAUUUUGGUUUUUCUUGGUUAAACAUUAGCUCGUAAACUGGCUACUUUGUGAAACAAUCCGGCCGUGCAUGAUGUCUCUCAACCCCCAACUCCAGUCUGGCAUCUCAAGAUGCUAAUCGGACUGUAAGCGAUGAGCGGCACAUGGAAAAAGGAAGUCCUGGCCUGGAUGUGCGCUGGCUGCACCGCAGCCCCAGAGGUACAGCCCCUUGCCCCCAGAUCCGUAUUCAGACUGAUGGGUACCAAGAUCGUCCUGCUCAUGUAGACAUACCAUCUAUUUCCCCUUCAGGCUCAGAAAGGUUCUGAUAGCAUGUAGUGUCUGGGUUGAUGAUCCAUCAAAUAUCAAGACAGAGUGAUCAUGUGAACUGAUAAUCUGCUGAAGUAAUAGAAAGGAAGCAUUCUGUUAUCUUACUGUUUUCUAUGAAUGAGACUUUGUCCUUCAUUGGGAAUACUUUUUUUAAAUAAAGAUUUUUUGUUUGUUU